CGAGCACAGAAGAAUCCCAAGUCUCUAUCAACAAAAGAAGCCAACUCAUCAGCCAUCAUCCUAAGACCACCCACAACAAAUCACACAUAUAAAAACCCACAUCCCCUCAAAACCAUGUCCCUCCCUCUCCGCCGCCUCCUCCCACACAAACCCCUCCAUAUCCACCCUCCCUCCCCAACCAUCUACAAACGCCCCUUCACCCUCACCCUUACAAAAUCCUACGCAGAAGGCGACACGGGAGCUCCCCGCUUACACGGCGACAGCUGGACGAAACGCGAAAAAGCCGCGGAGGACAUGUAUAUCAAAGGGCGAGAGAACAACCUUAUAAUGUUGUUAAAAGAGAAAAUCGCGGCGCAGGAAGCGGUAUUAGAGAAGGAUAGGGCGAUAUUGGCCGCCAUGGAGGAUCAGUAUGCACAUGUUGUUGAGGGGACGUUUGAUACGGGGGGGAAGGUGGGGGAGAUUUGAUUUUGAAAAAAAGGGGGGGGGGGGGGGGGG